CGGCCGAAGCCCAUAUUGUUUUCAUGGCAUUGGGGUCUUAAACCCUUUCUUUUACUCUGUUCAGGUCUGCCUUCCACCUCCCCCUUCCUGUCUGCAAGUCUCUCAAGAUUCUCAGCGUUCCCUUCCCACCAUUGAUUGGGAUUUCGAUUGCGAAGUUGUGUGUGAACAUUGCGGAAUGGCAACCGAGGAAAAGGGAGAAGAAUUGCAGCAAACCACAAGUCCCCAAGCUGCAGCUGGUUUGAGAGGAGCGGUGGAAGCAAAGUACCGGCAAAUCAAAGAGCAUGCUGAGACCUACCCUUAUGUUUGGGCGUCCUACAUUGUUGUAUAUGGUGGUUUUGCCCUCUGGGGUACCUACAGAUGGAGAAAGCUUCGCAAGACUGAGGACCGUGUACGUGCGCUUCAGGAGAGAUUACGCAAGCAUUAUGCAGCGGAAGAGGCUUCUGCUAGCUCUUCCACCCCAGCUGUUAAGGUUCCACCAUCUGCUGAUAAAAUCUCCAAGUAGUUAGAGCAUUGAUCAAUGUUUUUCAGGUUUACUUCCCCCCAUAAAGAAAAUUUUGCUUCGAGUAUGAACGCAGAUUGCUUGUGCCUUUGUAUGGAUGAGAAUUGAAUCCAAAUGCGUCGUACUCAGUAGGUUAGGGUUAAAUGUUAGAAAUUAAUACUUAUGUAAACAGGUUCUUAUAUAAUUUUGUAACACUCCACUGUCAUUUUAUCCGAUGAUGACUUUCCAUUU